CAUAUACUUUACUUGACAUCCCUCCGCGGACCCCAAGCCAACAUGGAACGGAAUCUCAGUACCUUGCUGAAAAAGAAAAAGUGGAAGAUUUGCAUCAAAUGAAAUGCAAAAGAAGAGACCAGCGGAUCAGCGCACGGAGUACCCUGCCCCGUCACCACCCGGCAAUUAGGCGCAUUGGUCUUGCGCCUGCUGGCCGGCGACUCCACUUUCCCCAGCCGUCGGUGCCCUGGCAUCGCUCCGUACGCUGCUCCCAUGCAGUGCCCCUUCCGAAGGAGUUCGAGGGGAACAAGAAAGGCCGGUGGAAGAAGGUGGCGGCUGGGACGGCCGUCGCCGUAGCUUGCGUGCUGGGUGCAGUCUACUUGUCACCCGCCGUAUCGGCCCCCCCUGCGAAGCCGACCGAACCAGGAUUCAUCUGUGUAGAAAUCGAAAGUUGUGAAAAUAACGUGCUGGACAGAACGCGGGACGAAGUGCGCGAAAUCUUGUUCAAGAAGGGAACGUGCGGCGUGCCUAAGAUGGAGUCCUGGAUGGAUGACCCGAUGAUGUUCGAUGCUACUCUGAAGGUGGUGCAGUGGCACAUCGCGAAGAAAGACUAUCACGCGGCGGAAGAAAUCUGCAAACAAACCAUAAAAAUCGGACCGGAGUCUGAUGCACGUCCUCGUCUUCUCAUGGCUGUGAUUAGGAUGAUGCUGGCAGUGGAAGUGAUGCUGGAACCAGAGACAGGAGAACAGGAGCCGGAAGCGUACGUCAAGAGCGCGAUGGAGUCGUGGAAAGAGUUCUACGGAAGCGUCGGUAGGAAGGUACCGACAUCGGACUAGUCAGAGUUUGUCAACCCCUUUAUUUUUUAUUUUUUCCUUUUUAUUUUAAUUUGUCGAAUAAAGCUGUCGAAUGAGAUUGAUCGUGA